AUGAAAUUGUGAGUUUUCUUGAAAAUAAUAGCAGGGAAAAUUAUUGAUUUUUUUGCAGUAAGUCCAAGAAGCCGAAGUCUAACACUAAGACCAAAACCAAGACCAAAACUGAUACGAAGUCGAAGUCGAAGACGAAAACGAAGACAAGCAAGACUAAAACCAAGUCCCAAUCAAAAGAUUCGACCAAAAAACCUGGGAAGAAAUUUGGAAAAUUGACUUUUGGGAAACACAAGAAACCUGAAGGGACCAAAUCGAAAACUGCAGAAUCAAAAACACAAUCAAAAGAAUCUGUGAAAAAUCGCAAAUCGAAAGAUCCGAAGAAGAAGCGAAGAUGGGUGAAGUUCAUUCUUCUUGCUCUUGGAGCAUUUGUUAUUUUGGCAACUAUCAUCGCGAUUAUCAUGUUUUUCGUACUUUCUGGAGCAAAUGAAGGUUCGAAAAAAGGCGAUGAAGCUUCGAAAAAUGAGCCAAUAAUUGAAGAAGUUUGCACAACUCAAUCAUGCAAACAAUUAUCGGCGAAAAUGCUGAAAUAUAUGGAUGACAGUGUGAAGCCUUGCGAUGAUUUCUAUAAAUAUACCUGCGGAAAGUAUACAAUAGUUAAAAGCGAACUUUUUGAAAUGGCAGAGGACAAAGAAGUGGAGCUUUUCAAAUAUUUCGAGAAAUACGUGCCGAAAACAAGAUCUGAACGAAUUGCAAAAGUGCUUUUUGACAAGUGUAAACUUCUCAAACCUGGUGAAGAGUAUAAAAAUCUAAACGUGUGGAGUAGAUCAGAUUUGACGGAUGUGUUGAUUGAAAUGGCAAAAUUGUUUCCAAUUCAUACGAGAUUUUUCCAUAAUGCUGUUGUUUCCGAUGAACUUGUUGAUGGGAAAAGAGUUCUUAGACUUGUUGUUCUAAAUGAUCUUUAUCCAACAGCAGUUUCUCAAAGUGCGGAAGUGAGUUUAGCCAACCCCCCCCCUCCUCCUGAAAAUACAUUAUAUUUUCAGCACUUGUAUUAUGCAUAUCGCUCAGUAUUCAUACAGAAUGUGGCAUUGCAAACUGAAAAUUUAGUGACAAAUAAUGGAGAUAGAAAUCAUAUCAAAUUGAAGAAUAUCAAUUUGCAAAAAUAUUUUCUUGGUCUUUUACCCGAAGAAAUACGAGCAUCGAAUCCAGAUUUUCAAGUGACUUAUGACAAAAAUGCAAUGUUGAUAUUGGACAAAGUUGUUGAUAAACUUGAUGGUCAACAAGGUACAAUAAAACAUCUUGCAGCUGUAUAUCAAUCGGAUAUGAGAUCAGUAUUUUACCAUGCAAAUUACUAUGAUACCCCAACUACAAAAAUGAUUGAAUGCUAUGGUGUUGUUAGGAAAAUGUUUCCUGGAACAUUUGGAAUGAUUUAUAUCAAACAAUAUGUGAAACAAGGAAAUGUUGAGAUUGCUGACAAAUUAUUGGAAGAGAUUAAAGAUGUAUUCAAUGAAAUGAUUGAUGAGAAUAGUUGGAUUGAUUCUGGAUUGAAACAGGCGCUGAAAAAGGAAUUGAAAUUGUUGAAAGGUUCGAUUGGAACACCAGAUGAGCAUGAGAAUUCGGCGAAUAUUGAUCGAAUGUACUCGAGAGUUGAGAGAUCGAAAAGGGCGGAAGAUCAGUCGUGUUUUGAAUUGGUGAGAAAUAUAAUGGCGAUGAAUAGCGAGGAGACUUUUGCGCGGGUUUUCAAAAAGGAACAGGUCACAUAUGCGGUGAAUCCAAUGGAAGCGUCACCUAAUUUUAAUGGAGCAUCACAUCGGACUUGUGAGUUGCAAGAGAUUUAAAUCAAAUCUAGUUUACUGACAGCCCAACCUCGAUUAAUUUUUGCAGCUUUCCCGGCGGUUCUGAUGAAUUUCCCAUAUAUCGAUAAAGAUCUACCCGAAUGGAAUAAAGUUGCAUCAAUCGGAUUUCUAAUGGCACACGAAGUUGGACACGCAUUCGAUGCCCAAAGAUUCCCAUUAACCGGUGCAUUAUUGAAUCAUCAGAUGAAUUCGGGAACUCGCGGUGAAUUUGAGAAGCGUGUCAAAUGUAUAGUCGAUAAAUACUCGAAUUAUAAAUUUGAUAAUGGUGUAAAAUCGAAUGGUGCAAGAACAAAAGAUGAAGAUACGGCUGAUAAAAUUGGAUUUGAUCUAUCUUAUCGGCUUUUCAAAAAAUUACGAAAUUAUCAGAGAUUGCCUGGAUUUGAGAAUGUCACCAUUGAACAACAAUAUUUUCAAAGAAUGGCAAUGGUAAGAUUUAGAAUAUUGUAUUGAAAUAAUGUUUUGUUUUUUUUUUAGGAUUGGUGCAGAAAAAUGCCAUUGCCAACGGAGGUUCGUGAUUUUUAUAUCAACAAGGAUGAUCAUACUGCAGAUAUGUUUAGAGUUAAUGGAAUUAUGUCGAAUUCGGAAGCGUUUGCCAAAGCUUAUGGUUGUCCAGUGAAUUCAAAGAUGAAUCCGACGCAGAAAUGUCCGAUGUUUUGA